AUGGAUGGAGACUCAAGCUCUGGUGAUACUACAGCUUCUUCUGUUCCUAGAUGUUAUGUAUGUACUAUUUGUUUCAGGGUUUUUCCUUCUGGUCAAGCCUUAGGUGGGCACCAAAAUGCUCACCAAUAUGAGAGAUCACUUAGGAAAAACAUUCCAAAUAUUUUAGGAGCAGUCCUAAAUCAUCCUCUUCCAGACGACGACGACGACGACGAUGAUGAUCUGGCUUUGACUGGAUCUAAUUUCUCUGGCCAACAUCCGUCAUCUGGAACCUCGCCAGGGUUGAACAUGCAAGCUGAUGGAUCCCAGACCGAGAAAGGGAAAGGUGCUCAGAACCCAGUUGAUCAGUCUAAAGUAAAAAAUGGAUAUCAUCCUUAUCAAAAACCAGUUGAGGAAGAGACUCGUCGAAAGCUUCUUACGAAGAAUUUAUUAGGAGAAUUGAAACCAGUGCAUCAACUCAAGGAAGGAGAAGGAGAAGGAGAAAGAGAAAGAGAAGGGUUAGAGAAAAACUCCUCUGGUGUUGAUCUUGAACUUAGUUUGAAGAGGAAAGAGUGUUUAGACCUGGAAUUGAAGCUAGGGUUUUAA